AUGAACUCGGUCCCCUUCAGAGAGGUCUGCCAAGCCAUUAGAGAGACGGCCUUCACAAAUAACAACCAUCUGCCCAUCAUCGUUAGCUUAGAGGUCCACGCGGACCCGGACCAACAAGAACUCAUGGUAGAUAUCAUGAAGGAGGAGUGGGAGGGUCUUCUCCUCGACGAGCCCUUUGAUGCUUGCGAUCCAAAAGCACGGCAGCCCAGGCUCGAUGAACUCCUUGACAAAAUCCUCAUCAAGGUGAAGAAGACCCCUGCGAAGGCGAGUGUGCCCAAAGGCACACAGCUCUCGCUCCCCACCAUAUCAUCCCUGGAAGAAGAGGGCUCCGAGGACGAGUUGUCGCCAGAGGCGAAGAGCCGUAAGGUUCCUAUCUGUGAAAGUCUCAGCAACCUCGCAAUCUAUACCCACAGCGAGCACUUCAAGCGAUUCGACACAAUGUCGGCAAAAACGCCGUCGCAUAUCUUCUCGAUCAAUGAGAAUAAAAUCCUGGAACUUCAUCAAUCGAAACACAAGGAGAUGUUCACACAUAAUCGCGAUUAUUUCAUGCGAGCUUACCCGCAUUCGUUCCGAGUUGACUCUUCCAAUCUCGAUCCCUCGCUAUAUUGGCGAAAAGGCGUCCAGAUGGUUGCUUUGAACUGGCAGAAAUGGGACGAGGGAAUGAUGCUCAACACAGCCAUGUUUGAUUCAGAAAAAGGCUGGGUUCUCAAGCCCACAGGCUAUCUGAGCAGUGACACGUCAACUUCGCAAGCUGAAGCACACCCCCAUCGGACAUUGAACCUUAGGAUCACGGUACUCGCCGGGCAGCACAUACCUCUGCCCGAGAGCAGCACCAACAACAGUACAAAAAGCCUCAACGUCAGCGGCGUCAGUGGAGCUGACUUCCGCCCGUAUGUCAAGUGCGAGCUGCACGUCGAGAAGGAUGAAGAGCGUGCAGGGAGGGCGAUAGAGGGUGGAGGCCGCGCACGCGAGGGCCAGUACAAGCAGAAGACGAAGAGCCGGGAGACGAACAACCCGGACUUUGGCAAGGGCAUGGUGCUCGACUUCUGCAACAUUCCAAAGGUGGUGGAGGAGCUCAGCUUCGUAAGGUUCAAGAUCGAAGAUGAGUCCAAAUUCCUGCCGGUUGGCGAGCUUGCAGCUUGGGCAUGCAUCCGCCUUGACCGCCUUCAGCCAGGGUACCGCUUCAUCAACCUUUUAGACGCAAAGGGUAACCCGAGCGAUGGAAAGUUGCUGGUGAAGAUCGAGAAGAGCAUCCGAUAA